AUGGUCGAGGAUCCUGCCACCAACAACAUCAUCAGCUGGGGUGACCUGACAUCGCAAGACUCAUUCGUUGUGCAUCGCGUAGAGGACUUCACGACCGACAUCCUCCCGCUCUACUUCAAACACAGCAACUUCUGCAGCUUCAUUCGGCAGGUGAACACGUACGGCUUCACUAAGACCAGCCCCGACACAUGGGAAUUCCAGAAUCCCUUCUUCGCCCAAGGACGGCCAGAUCUGCUCGAUCGGAUUGAGCGACGCACCUCGGUCAAGCGCUCGUCCGAGAAGGAGGAGCACGGACAGGAAGACGAGCACCGACUGCUCAAGCUCAGCAAAACGGCGGAGCAAGUGGAGCAGCUGACGCGCGAGAACAAGAAGCUCGCCGAAGAGCUCACCAAGGUCCAGCAGGAGAGCGUCAUGAACGAGCAGCUGGUCAAGCAGUUCCUGCUGGAGCUCAAGGCCUCGAAGCAGAGGCAGCGCGAGAUGCAGGAGCGCGAGGAGAAGCUGCUCGGCGUGCUACGCGACAUGGCCAGCGGCGGUGCCAGCGCCGACUCCUCUGCGCUGGCGCACCUCCAGUCCCACCACGACCAGCAGACCAGCGCCGCGCAGCAACACCUCCCCGGUCGCAUCCAAAUGCCCCCGAGCGCGCAUAGGCACCCCGUCGACGUGCUCGACCUCCACGCAGACAUGGUCACCGCCGAAACCGAUUUCGACCUGGAGGCCUACAUGCUCAAACUGGGUCUCUCAGCUGCUGGCGGCGGCGGAGCUGAUGGCCAACACCAACAGCACCAGCACCAACACCUGCAGACACAGACGCAGAACUUCAACCCUCCAUCGCCCUUCCAGCCUUCGACCUACACCCAAGCGCCGGCGACUCCACCACCGUCUCCCGGCUUCCACUGGAACACCGCCCCUGCCUCGCCCUCCUACUUUUUCACCGGCGACAACAGCGACCAAACGUUCAAGUUUGGCGAGUCGUACCUGUCGAAUGCCGUGGGCGAAGUCGGCUGGCCCACCUACUCUUCGCUGGCACAGAACGUCAAGCAGGAGCCAGUCGCCCACUCCGACGCCCAGGCCGACGCCUACGAGAAGGAAACGUGCGAGGAGUUUUUGGAGCGGUAUCUGGACGCCACCGCGGCCACCUUCUCUCCGUCACUGCCCCACACCCCGGACAGCAGCAUCUCGAGCAUCUCCAGUGCCGCGACGCCCGCCACUUCGCCCUUUGUCGUCGCGUCGCCGUUCGGGCCGCCGCACGACCUCUCCAGCCUCGCCGCCAUGGACGACCACCUCCGGAGCGCGUGGGAGCGAGCCAGUGAGGGCAGCUGA